UUGCUAAUUCUUUGUCAGUGCACGUAACUACAAGGACACUCAUCAUGAGCAUGGGGACUGUAAAUUUCUAAGCGAGCUGUGAAAAUUUUGAUGAAAGAUAAAGCACAAUGAAGCCAGCAGAGACCCCAAAGCUCCUGAGGUUGCAAAAUGAUUCUGUAUAUAACAUGAGUCACUCAAAAGCCAUACCGGAAUUACCACCCCUACCUGCUUCUGCUUCAGCUGUGCCUUCAGAAUUAUAUCAGCUUGUUGUUCAGAACAGCUAUUAUCCUCCUUUGAUGCAGCGAGUGUCAUGGACUUUGGCAGUUCCGCUCAAAGAACAACCUUAUUUCCGAAGCCCAAGUGACUCCAUAGCUAAUAACUAUUCUCUUACUGCUCGGGAUUUGAAAAUGAAAAAUAUGCACAAAGUGGAGUCCUCCUCAAUGGCAAGCASCUCACUGGGUUCAGCGAAGCAGAGAGCAGCCUCGCCGUCUUUGAAAGAAUUUACCCCUUCUGUGAAAAGGCUCAAACUGACAAAAAGAAGUCAGUGUGAUCCUGAUAGUACACCAACUUUGUUGAGCAGUUCGGAUCCCUUUUCACUGUAUGUUCCUGGUCAUAUGCCAAGAUCAAAUGUCAUACAUGAUUCAGACAACCAGCCGUUAACUCCAGAAGAACAACUGGAUAUCAUGCACUUACAUGAGGAAGAGAGAAGCAAGAGAGAAAAAACACCCUCAGAAAAUGAUAUAGAGAGAUACUGUUACUACAUACAUAAUGGAGUAAAAGAAGACAUGCUUGCACCUCAGGACAAGGAAGUGAUGAAUGUAAUUUUAAAGCGUAUUCCAGCUCAUAUUCUUACUAACCCAGAUCUGGAGAAUUUACUUGGAAGUUUAAAAGAAGAGAUCAAGGCUGACUAUCGUAUCAACCUCAUGAAAGCCAUUGUUGAUUACAUCUUGAUGGAUCCAGCUGAGAGAGAGAGACUGUUUAUUGGAAAUACCCCACGCCCUUUUCCUCGGAGAGUGGUCCGUGCCCCUGUCCCYUGGCAUGACUCUUACCAAGAAGUGAAAAACUGGAAUGAAACCAAUCUAUUCACAGUGAAUCCCUUGAUGCAUACUUUGCAACAGCUCUGGCUUUCUGAAUACAGUCAUCUAAGGUUUGUUCGCACAAAGGAAAUGCUUUCUGGUCACCUGCCACUGUUGCCUACUGAGUUUAAGGAUCUCAUUCAAARACAUUGUAUGGAAGCCCGCAAUAUUCUUCGGAACAAGUGGAUCCCAACCUGUGUAUCCGUUUUCUUUGAUCAGAGGAGGAAAUGGCUUCAUUUUGCUCCUAAGCACAACCGUGACUCUUCUCAGCGAGUUGAAAGUUAUUUUGGUUCAGUAGCAAAUCUUAUGUCAUUACAAUUACGUGGGAUGGUUAUUAACUCUUUAGAAGAUCUUCUUGCCUUUUUUAUGAUCCACCAGAAUGGGAAUGAUUUUACAGAACCAUAUCAAGAAAUGCAGUUCUUUAUACGUCAGAUACUAAUAGUAAAACUUAAUGUGGAGGAACCCAAGAUUGUGUUUGAGCCACCUCUGAAAGAAUGUUGGGAUUUAAUCAGGCAAUGCUUCAGGGAGAUCCUACAAAGCGCUGAGGAACUUCCAAAGGUAGAAAGAUUUCUAUUUCCAGAGUUAAAUAGAGAUGAUCUCGUUCUCAGUACAGUCAAACCAGAUGAAUUGUUGUUUUCAGAUUUGGUGAAAAAACUCGAAAAGAUCUUUGAGAGCAACAUUCUUGGCCCACAGAAGUAUUUAAAYGUGUACAGGAAAUACAGUGAUCUUCUGAACAACAAUGCAGAGCAAGACAUUACUAAUUUUUUGAAGGAGGGUCAUUCUUUAGAAGAUUUUAGUGAGAAGAUUGACAAUUUAACAAAAUUGAAAAGGGAGAUUGCUUCCUUGCAUGUCACUGUCCCCUUGGCCAUGUUCUGUCUGGAUGCAGUACAGUUGAAUGAGGAACUCUGCAAUAGGAUCCAAAAUCUUAAGGACAGAUUGAUUGAGUUUGAAGUGAUUGAAAACAGAACAUUAAAUAACAGCAUUUGCAAUGAAUACAACAUAAUUGCAGAUAGAGUGAGUGAGGUGCCUUCGAACAGUGAAGAGCUGGUGGAACUUACUGCAUACUUGAAGAAGUCCAGUGAAGUUACUGUUUAUAAACUGAGGCGGCAGAUCUCUGAAGCAACACACAGACUGGAAUUCCUCAUGGACUAUGCUGAUCUUCCUUUGGAUGACAUAAAGCUGAAUAGCACCGUUCUCCAUUGGCCUGAUCAGAUUGAGGAAAUCUUUGAAAACAGUAGAGACCAGCUGUAUAACAGGAGGAAUCGUGCAGAGAUGGCUUUGCUUAAAAGGUGUUCUCAAUUUGAGGAAACUCUUGAGAUUUAUAAAAGAGAAGUAGAAAGCUACAAAAAGCGAGAUGUUAUGACCAUGGAAGAAAUGAAGAACAAUGCUGAGAAAUUUAAACAGUUAAAUAAGAAUCUGGAUAAUGCAGUAACAGAACUGGAGGCUAUUAAUAAAGAAGAGGAAUUACUUGAACAGGAAAAGAGUCAAUAUCCUCUACUACAAACUAUAAUUACAAAGAAACAACCCUUUGAGCAGCUUUGGAUAACUGCAUAUAAUUUCCAUACCAAAUCUGAGGAAUGGAUGAACGGAUCACUCCAGGAACUGAAUGCAGAUGAAAUUACAGAAGAAAUUGGGAACAUGUGGAGAACUGUGUACAAGCUCACUAAGAGUUUUCCUGAUUUGCCUGGGCCUAGGCGCUUAGCAGAAAAUUUGAAAUAUAAACUUGAUAAAUUUAAACAGCAUCUUCCAGUCUUGACAAUUGUCUGCAAUCGUGGAAUGAAGGAGAGACACUGGAAGCAGAUCAGUGAAAUUGUAGGAUAUGAAAUCAUACCUGAUGAAUCUACUAGCCUUGCAAACAUACUGGAUUUUGGGCUAUCAAAAUGUAUUGAAGAACUGGAACCUAUUGGAGCAGCUGCUAGUAAGGAGUAUUCCUUAGAGAAAUCAAUGGAGAAAAUGAAAUCAGAAUGGGUCAACCUACACUUCAGUCUAGUGAAGUAUAGGGAUACUAAUACCAGCAUCCUGUCAGCAAUUGAUGACAUCCAGCUUUUGCUGGAUGAUCACAUUGUUAAGACUCAGACAAUGUGUGGCUCUCCUUUCAUCAGACCAAUAGAAACUGAAUGUCGGGCUUGGGAAGAAAAGCUUGUUCUAAUGCAAGAUAUUCUAGAUAGCUGGUUGAAAUGCCAGGCAACUUGGUUGUAUUUGGAACCAAUUUUUAGUUCAGAAGAUAUUAUAGCUCAAAUGCCUGAAGAAGGUAGAAAGUUUGGGAUUGUGGAUACAUACUGGAAAGACAUCAUGUCAGAAGUGGCGAAAGACACAAAGGUGCUUGUUGCAACUGAACAACCCAUGAUGUUGGAGAGACUUCAGGAAGCAAAUACACUCUUAGAAGAAAUUCAAAAGGGGUUGAAUACUUACUUGGAGAAGAAAAGAUUGUUUUUCCCAAGAUUCUUUUUCCUGUCUAAUGAUGAGCUGCUUGAAAUACUGUCUGAAACAAAGGAUCCCCUUCGGGUGCAGCCACAUUUAAAGAAGUGUUUUGAAGGAAUUGCUAAACUGGAAUUCACGGAAGCCCUGGAGAUCAUAGGCAUGAUCAGUUCAGAGAAAGAAGUUGUUCCUUUCAUAGAUAAAAUCUAUCCAGUGAAAGCAAAAGGCAUGGUAGAAAAAUGGCUUUUGCAAGUAGAAGAAAUGAUGCUGGCUAGUGUAAGAAAGGUUCUUCAAGAUGGCAUAAAAGGAUAUGUUAAGGUUCCUCGGAAAGAAUGGGUGCUUCAGUGGCCUGGACAAGUGGUUAUUUGUGUUUCAUCCAUUUACUGGACAAAAGAAGUGUCUGAAGCUAUAAGCAAGGGAACUUUACUGGAUUUCUUGGAGAAGAGCAAUCUACAAAUUGCAGACAUCGUUGAGUUAGUGAGAGGAAAGCUGUCCAGUGGAGCUCGGCUGACUCUUGGAGCUCUUACUGUCAUCGAUGUGCAUGCUCGUGAUGUGGUUGCAAAAUUGGCUGAAGACAAAAUCACAGAUCUUAAUGACUUCCAGUGGAUUUCUCAGCUGAGAUAUUACUGGGAAGAUAAGAAUGUAAUGGUGCGAAUGAUUACAACAGAAGCCAAAUAUGGAUAUGAGUAUCUGGGCAAUUCUCUACGCCUGGUUAUAACCCCACUGACAGAUCGAUGUUAUAGGACAUUAAUGGGUGCCUUGAAACUAAGUCUUGGUGGUGCUCCAGAAGGACCUGCUGGCACUGGCAAAACAGAAACAACAAAAGAUCUAGCAAAAGCACUUGCUAAGCAGUGCGUGGUCUUUAAUUGCUCAGAUGGUCUUGAUUACAAAGCAAUGGGCAAGUUCUUCAAGGGGCUGGCACAGUCUGGUGCAUGGUCCUGCUUUGAUGAAUUCAACAGAAUUGAGGUUGAAGUAUUGUCUGUAGUUGCACAACAAAUACUUAGUAUACAGCAAGCUAUUAUUCGCAAGCUCAAAACAUUCAUCUUUGAAGGCACAGAGAUCUCUCUUAAUCCCACCUGUGCUGUGUUUAUCACUAUGAAUCCUGGUUACGCUGGACGGGCAGAGUUGCCUGAUAAUCUGAAGGCAUUAUUCCGAACAGUUGCUAUGAUGGUUCCAGAUUAUGCUUUGAUUGGAGAAAUCUCACUAUAUUCAAUGGGAUUUUUAGAUUCUCGGAGUCUUGCCCAGAAAAUUGUUGCCACUUACCGGCUGUGCUCCGAGCAGCUGUCAUCUCAGCAUCACUAUGAUUAUGGAAUGCGUGCUGUCAAAUCUGUCCUGACAGCAGCAGGAAACUUAAAACUGAAGUACCCAAUUGAAAAUGAAAGUGUACUGUUACUUCGGGCUUUGCUGGAUGUUAACUUGGCCAAAUUCCUGGCACAGGAUGUGCCUUUGUUUCAGGGUAUUAUAUCUGACCUGUUCCCUGGAGUGGUUCUUCCUACACCAGACUAUGAACUGUUUGUCRACGCAUUAAAUAAAAAUAUAAAAAAGAUGAAUCUGCAACCGGUUCCGUGGUUCAUUGGAAAAAUUAUUCAGAUAUAUGAAAUGAUGUUGGUGCGACAUGGUUUCAUGAUUGUUGGAGAUCCCUUGGGUGGGAAGACCUGUGCAUAUAAAGUUCUAGCUGGAGCCCUUGGUGAUUUGUAUGCAGCGAAAUGCAUGGAUGAAUUUGCUGUUGAAUAUAGAAUUAUUAAUCCCAAAGCAAUUUCUAUGGGACAAUUGUAUGGCAGUUUUGAUCCUGUAAGUCAUGAGUGGACAGAUGGAGUUCUUGCAAAUGCCUUUAGGGAACAAGCUUCUUCUACCACAGAUGAUCGGAAGUGGAUUAUAUUUGAUGGCCCAGUGGAUGCAGUUUGGAUAGAGAACAUGAACACUGUGCUGGAUGAUAAUAAAAAGCUGUGCUUAAUGAGUGGUGAAAUAAUUCAGAUGAAUUCAAAAAUGAGUUUAAUCUUUGAACCAGCAGACUUAGAGGAGGCAUCUCCUGCAACUGUCAGCAGGUGUGGUAUGAUCUAUAUGGACCCACAGCAGUUAGGCUGGAAGCCACUGAAGGAUUCCUACAUGGAUACACUGCCUCCCAACCUGCAGGAGGAACACCGAGAGCUGGUCAAUGACAUGUUUAUGUGGUUAGUCGAGCCCUGUUUAGACUUUAUUCACCAUCAUUGCAAAGUCAUAGUCCAAACUUCCUCUAUUCAUUUGAGUUACAGCAUGAUGAAACUCUAUACUUGUCUACUUGAUGAAAUAAAGAAAAAUGAUGAAGACGAGGAAGAAAGCAUGUCUAGUCAACAGAUCUUCUUGUGGCUGCAAGGGCUUUUCCUUUUUGCUUUGGUUUGGACAGUUGCUGGGACCAUUGAUGCAGACAGCAGAAAAAAAUUUGAUUUAUUUUACCGCAACUUGCUAUUGGGAAUGGAUGAUGGAAACCCACGCCCCAAAAGUGUGAAGCUCACCAGAAACAAUAUCUUCCCAGAAAAAGGAAGUGUUUUUGACUUUUAUUUUCACAAGCAUGGCAGUGGGCAGUGGAACCUGUGGACUGAUUACAUCUCUAAAGAAGAGCAAGUUAUCUCCCCCGCAGCUAAGGUGUCUGAUCUAAUCAUUCCAACAAUGGAAACUGCCAGACAAAUGUUUUUUCUUAAAACAUAUGUGGAGCACGAUGUCCCUUUGCUUUUUGUCGGUCCCACCGGCACUGGAAAAUCAGCUAUCACAAAUAAUUUUCUGCUACAACUUCCAAAGGAGAAAUACAUCCCAAGCUUCAUCAACUUCUCUGCAAGAACCUCUGCUACUCAAACUCAGGAUAUUAUUAUGUCUAAGCUGGACAGAAGAAGAAAAGGAUUAUUUGGGCCUCCUGCAGGAAAAAAGGCUAUAUUAUUUGUGGACGACCUGAACAUGCCUGCAAAGGAAGUGUAUGGAGCCCAGCCACCUAUAGAACUUCUCAGACAGUGGGUUGAUCAUGGUCACUGGUAUGACAAGAAAGAUACAUCCAAGAUUAAUAUCAUAGAUGUUCUGCUUGUUUCAGCCAUGGGCCCACCUGGGGGAGGCAGGAAUGAUAUUACAGGACGCUUCACACGACACUUGAAUCUUAUAUCUAUUUGUUCUUUUGAUGAUGAUGUAUUAGCCAAGAUUUUUACUGCAAUUGCUGACUGGCACUUCAGCAAAGGCUUUGAGUCUGUGUUUCUAAGGCUAAGCAAGAUGAUGGUCCAUGCUACAAUGGCCAUUUAUAAGCUGGCAGUUGAGAAUUUUCUCCCAACUCCUUCCAAAUCACAUUAUGUCUUUAAUCUACGAGAUUUUUCCCGGGUUAUUAAAGGAGUGCUGCUCUGUCCACACACUCACUUGCAAGAUGGAGAUAAGCUGAUCAGACUUUGGAUUCAUGAGGUUUACCGAGUUUUCUAUGAUCGCUUAGUUGAUCAAGAGGACAGAAAGGUGUUUUUUCAGAUGGUAAAAGAGACAGUAUCAAAUAACUUCAAGCAGAGCAUGGAUAAGGUACUGAGUCAUCUCUCACCUACCGGAAAGAUCUCUGAUGAUAAUAUUCGCAGCCUGUUCUUUGGAGACUAUUUGAAACCGGACAGUACUGUAAAAGUGUAUGAUGAAAUCACAAACUUAAAGCAACUGACGACCGUGAUGGAGUACUACCUUGAGGAGUACAACAAUGUCAGCAAAGCACCAAUGUCCUUGGUCAUGUUCAAAUUUGCUAUUGAGCAUAUCUCUAGGAUAUGUAGAGUACUGAAGCAGGACAAUGGGCAUCUGCUGCUGGUGGGAAUUGGUGGGAGUGGUCGACAAAGUGCUACCAAGCUUGCCACCUACAUGAAUAGCUUUGACCUCUUUCAAAUUGAAAUUACAAAAUCCUAUGGAAUAAAUGAAUGGAAAGAGGAUGUAAAACGAGUCCUGCUGAAAGCUGGUGUUGCCAACAAGAAUGUCUCGUUUUUGUUCUGUGAUAACCAAAUAAAGGAUGAAGCGUUUGUAGAAGAUAUCAACAUGCUUUUAAAUACUGGUGAUGUGCCUAACAUCUUUGCAGCUGAUGAGAAAGCUGAUAUUGUAGAGAAAAUGCAAAGUGCAGCAAGGACAGAGAACAGGAAAAUUGAAGCCACUCCCCUUGCUAUGUACAAUUUCUUCACUGAAAGGGUGAAGAAAAAUUUGCAUAUUGUCUUAGCAAUGAGCCCUAUUGGAAAUGCAUUCAGGAAUCGGUUAAGAAUGUUCCCUUCACUGAUAAACUGCUGCACCAUUGAUUGGUUCCAAACCUGGCCUACAGAUGCUUUAGAAAUGGUUGCUAACAAGUUUUUAGAAGAUGUCGAACUCGAAGAUGACAUUAGAAAAGGGGUUGUGUCAAUGUGCAAGUAUUUCCAAGAAAGUGUGAGAAAGCUUUCCAUCAGCUAUUACAGUACCUUGCGAAGACACAACUACGUAACACCCACUUCUUAUUUAGAGUUAAUUCUCACCUUUAAGACUCUACUACAUAGCAAAAGACAAGAAGUUGACAGGAUGAGAAACCGUUACCUUACAGGACUACAAAAACUUGACUUUGCAUCUUCACAAGUUGUAGAGAUGCAGAAAGAACUGACUGCCCUUCAGCCUGAACUCAUACAGACUUCUGCAGAAACAGAGAAAAUGAUGAUCCAGGUUGAAAAAGAAACAGUUGCAGUGGAUGCAAAGAAAGAACUAGUGUCUGCAGAUGAAAAAGAAGCAAAUGAAGCUGCAGCUGUUGCUAAAGCUAUUAAGGAUGAAUGUGAAGGAGACCUUGCUGAGGCCAUGCCAGCUUUGGAGGCAGCCCUUGCAGCUCUUGACACACUGAAUCCUUCAGACAUCUCUCUUGUGAAAUCCAUGCAGAAUCCRCCGGGUCCUGUUAAGCUUGUCAUGGAGAGUAUCUGUGUCAUGAAGGGAAUGAAACCAGAGAGAAAGCCUGAUCCAAGUGGCAGUGGGAAAAUGGUGGAAGACUACUGGGGACCUUCUAGAAAAAUUCUUGGAGAUCUGAAAUUCCUUGAGAGCUUAAAGAUGUAUGACAAGGAUAAUAUUCCUCCUGCUAUAAUGAAGAGGAUUAGAGAAAGGUUUAUUGGUCAUCCAGAUUUUCAACCAGCUGUCAUAAAAAAUGUAUCAUCUGCCUGUGAAGGUCUGUGCAAGUGGGUACGAGCCAUGGAAGUGUAUGAUCGUGUUGCAAAAGUGGUUGCACCAAAGCGUGAACGUUUAAGAGAGGCAGAAGCGUUAUUGGACAUUCAAAUGCAGAAGCUAAAAACAAAACGAGCAGAACUUAAGAAGGUAGUUGAUCGUCUCCAAGCUUUGAAUGAUGAGUUGGAAAGCAUGAAUGAACGAAAGAGAGAAUUAGAAAAUAAUAUUGAAAUCUGUUCAGAAAAGUUGGUAAGAGCUGAACAGCUAAUUAGUGGACUUGGUGGAGAAAAAGAUAGAUGGACAGAAGCUGCACGAUUGUUAGGAAUCCGGUAUAUAGAUCUUACAGGAGAUGUAUUGCUGUCUUCAGGAACAGUUGCUUAUUUGGGAGCCUUCAGCGUAGAUUAUCGUCUAGAAUGUCAAAAGCAAUGGCAAGUCCUGUGCAGUGAGAAGAACAUACCGUGCUCCAGUGAUUUUAGCUUAAGUAAUACACUAGGGGACCCAGUCAAAAUUCGUGCAUGGCAAAUUGCUGGAUUGCCGAUUGAUUCUUUUUCCAUUGACAAUGGCUUAAUUGUUUCCAACUCAAGAAGAUGGGCUUUAAUGAUAGAUCCUCAAAGGCAAGCUAACAAGUGGGUAAAAAAUAUGGAGAAAAAUAACAAACUCUCAGUUAUCAAACUAUCAGACACAAAUUAUGUGAGGACAUUAGAAAACGCAAUUCAACUUGGAACACCAGUCUUGCUAGAAAAUAUUGGUGAAGAACUUGAUGCUUUCUUAGAACCCAUUUUAUUAAAGUUAACAUUCAAACAGCAAGGAGUAGAAUACAUGAAGUUAGGAGAAAAUACAAUUGAAUAUUCAAGAGAUUUCAGGUUUUACAUAACAACCCGUUUAAGAAAUCCUCAUUAUCUUCCUGAGGUGGCUGUGAAAGUUUGUUUACUCAACUUCAUGAUUACACCUCUGGGUCUUCAGGACCAACUUCUUGGAAUUGUGGCUGCAAAGGAAAAGCCUGAGCUAGAAGAAAAGAAAAAUAAACUGAUUAUAGAAAGUGCAGCCAACAAGAAACAAUUAAAGGAAAUAGAAGAUAAAAUCCUCGAGGUUCUUUCAAAGUCAGAAGGAAACAUCUUAGAAGAUGAAACAGCAAUAAAUAUUUUGUCUUCAUCCAAAGAGUUAUCUGAAGAAAUCUCUGAAAARCAAGAAAUUGCUUCUGUAACUGAAAUGCAAAUAGAUUCUACUCGAAUGGGGUAUAAGCCAGUUGCUAUUCAUUCUGCUAUUGUCUUCUUCUGCAUCUCUGAUCUGGCAAACAUUGAACCUAUGUAUCAGUAUUCAUUGAUUUGGUUCAUUAACUUGUAUGUCCAGUCUAUUGCUAAUAGCAAAAAGAGCGAUGAUAUGGAGGAGAGAAUUGAAAAUAUAAUUGAGCAUUUCACAAUAAGCAUCUAUAAUAAUGUCUGUCGUUCACUGUUUGAGAAGGAUAAACUGUUAUUCUCCUUCCUCCUCACAGUAGGGAUUAUGAAAGGAAAAGACCAAAUAGAUGAUGAGGUUUGGCGCUUUCUGCUGACAGGGGGUGUUGCUCUUGAUAAUCCUCACCCCAAUCCAGCUCCCGAAUGGCUAUCGGACAAAUCGUGGGGUGAGCUAGUACGGGCAUCUUGUCUGACAAAUCUUGAGGGACUAAUGGAACACGUGAGAGAGAAUGCUUCCAAGUGGCAGCUGAUAUAUGACUCCGUUAGACCCCAUGAAGAAGCUUUCCCAGAUGUGUGGAACACAUUAAUGGGGCUAGAUCGCAUGGUUGUUCUCAGAUGUCUGAGACCUGACAAGAUUGUUCCAGCAGUGCGGAUGUUCAUUAUAGAAAAUAUGGGGAAAACAUUUAUUGAACCACCUACUUUUGACCUCGGAGGAAGUUAUAAUGAUUCCARUUGCUGUGCUCCUUUGAUUUUUGUAUUGUCACCAGGUGCUGAUCCUAUGGCAGGUUUACUGAAAUUUGCUGAUGAUCUUGGCAUGGGAGGCACAAGCAUUCAAACCAUUUCACUCGGCCAGGGCCAGGGCCCAAUAGCAGCAAAUAUGAUUUAUCGGGCUAUUGCUGAUGGAACCUGGGUAGUGUUGCAGAACUGCCAUCUUGCAACCAGCUGGAUGCCUGCUUUGGAAAAAAUCUGUGAGGAAGUUAUAGUGCCUGAGAAUACCAAUGAUAAAUUCAGAUUGUGGUUAACCAGUUAUCCAUCAGAAAAGUUUCCUGUUAGUAUCCUCCAGAAUGGCAUCAAAAUGACAAAUGAGCCUCCUAAGGGGGUUAGAGCAAACCUCCUUCGAUCAUAUCUUAACGACCCCAUCUCUGACCCUGUGUUCUUUAGCAGUUGCCAAAAGCCAGAAAUGUGGCAAAAAAUGCUUUUUGGCCUUUGCUUUUUCCAUGCACUUGUGCAGGAAAGGAGAAACUUUGGCCCAUUAGGGUGGAAUAUUCCAUAUGAGUUCAACGAAUCUGACCUCAGAAUCAGUAUGCGACAGAUCCAGAUGUUUCUGAACGAGUAUGAAGAAAUCCCAUUUGAAGCUCUGACAUAUCUAACAGGGGAAUGUAACUAUGGUGGGAGAGUAACAGAUGAUAAAGACCGGCGCCUUCUCCUGUCCCUUCUUUCCAUAGUCUAUAACAAGGAUAUAGAGCAGGACAAAUAUAUGCUUGCACCUGGGGAUGACUACUACAUACCACCACAUGGUCCAUAUGAGUCUUACAUUGAAUUCCUACGAGGAUUACCAAUUACAACGCACCCUGAAGUGUUUGGGCUUCAUGAAAAUGCAGACAUUACCAAGGAUAACCAGGAGACUAACCAGCUUUUCAGUGGGGUGCUCCUGACUUUGCCUAGAGAAGCAGGGGGAGGUGGCAAGUCCCCUCAGGAAACUGUCGAAGAAUUGGCACGGGACAUCCUAUCCAAAUUACCAAGUGACUUUAAUGUUGAAGAGGUUAUGAAGAAAUAUCCAGUACGUUAUGAAGAGUCCAUGAAUACAGUGCUUAGGCAAGAAUUGAUCCGUUUCAACAGGCUUACAGAAGUUGUUCGGAGCAGCCUUGUGAACUUAGGCAGAGCCAUCAAAGGCCAGGUGUUAAUGUCAUCUGAACUUGAAGAUGUUUUCAAUAGCAUGUUAAUGGGGAAAGUACCGUCAAUGUGGGCUGCCAAAUCCUAUCCAUCUCUGAAGCCACUGGGAAGCUACAUAUCUGAUCUCCUCUCUCGUCUGGCCUUCUUCCAGGACUGGGUCAUCCAUGGGCCACCCACAGUCUUCUGGAUAUCRGGGUUCUACUUCACUCAGUCUUUUUUGACAGGAGUUUCACAGAACUAUGCUAGAAAAUACACAAUCCCAAUUGAUCAUAUUGGAUUUGAAUWUGAGGUGAUGAAACAGGAGCACACAAUGGAGAAAAUGCCAGAAGACGGGGCGUAUAUAAAAGGCCUUUUUUUGGAAGGUGCACRAUGGGAUAGAGAAACCUCAAUGAUUGGAGAAUCGCUUCCAAAAGUCCUUUAUGAUUCUUUGCCCAUAAUUUGGCUAAAACCUGGAGAAAGUUCCAGCUUUCUGCAUGAGAACAUCUAUUCAUGUCCUGUGUACAAGACAAGUGCAAGAAGAGGUGUAUUGUCCACUACCGGUCACUCAACGAACUAUGUUCUCUCAGUUGAACUCCCUUCCAACAAGCCCCAGAAACACUGGAUAAAUCGUGGUGUGGCAGCACUGUGCCAGUUAGAUGACUGAGUGUUUGCAAGUUAAAACACUCA